GAGUAAACAAAAGGAAAAGGAAAAGGAAGCUUGAGUAGUUAGUUUCGCGAGUAAGAAAACUUCGCCGAUCACAAAAUCAAAAUCGGAGAUGUUUAGAAAUCAAUACGAUACCGACGUAACAACAUGGUCACCGGCGGGAAGACUCUUCCAGGUGGAAUACGCCAUGGAAGCAGUUAAGCAAGGUUCAGCAGCAAUAGGUCUCCGAUCCAAAACUCACGUGGUUCUCGCGUGUGUUAACAAAGCCAAUUCCGAAUUAUCUUCUCAUCAGAAGAAGAUCUUUAAGGUUGAUGAUCACAUCGGUGUUGCCAUCGCCGGUCUCACCGCCGAUGGCCGUGUUCUUUCCCGGUACAUGAGAUCUGAAUGCAUUAACUAUAAUUACACUUAUGAAUCGCCUCUUCCUGUUGGUCGUCUCGUUGUUCAGCUCGCCGAUAAGGCUCAGGUUUGCACUCAGCGAUCAUGGAAGCGUCCUUAUGGUGUUGGUCUUCUUGUAGCUGGAUUAGAUGAAUCAGGGGCUCACCUCUAUUAUAACUGCCCAAGCGGAAACUAUUUUGAAUAUCAGGCAUUUGCAAUCGGUUCACGCUCACAAGCUGCAAAGACAUAUUUGGAACGCAAAUUUAACAAUUUCACAGCCUCCUCCCGGGAAGAUCUGAUCAAAGAUGCGCUCAUUGCAACUAGGGAGUCCUUGCAAGGUGAAAAGCUCAGGAGCUCCGUAUGCACCAUUGCUGUGGUUGGAGUUGGUGAGCCAUUCCACAUUUUGGAUCAGGAAACUGUUCAACAGUUGAUCGACACUUUUGAGAUUGUGAGGGAGGAAGAAACUGCACCUGCUGAACCUGAGGCUGCAGCUGAGCAGGAUGCUGCUACAGAUCAGGCUUCUGGUGCAGAUCAAGGUGGUGCUGGAAACCAAGGUGGGGCCGACCAAGGUGGUUCUCCAAUGGACAUUUGAUAAUUUAUGAUCCAGUAUUUGAUGUGUUAAAAACUGUUCUUUAAAAAUGAAUAGGUUUCAUGUUGAGUGUGUCAUGGGAGAAGAUAUCUUGUUGAUGUAUUUUCUUUGCUUAAUCUUGUUUGUUUCUGAUAUUCAUCCAUGGCUGAUCACUGUAAACGUUUUAGUAGCUCCAUUUGAUAGACUUGAACCUACUAUUUACAAUUUUCUCUAUGAUACUAUUUACUGAAACUCA